CAUUUAUCAAGGUUCUGACUUCUGGAGUUUUAGGUUGACUUGCUAUUCACUCUCUCUCUCGUCCCUUAGCAGGAAGAGAAAUGCUGGACAUCAAUCUCUUUCGAGAAGACAAGGGCCACAAUCCUGAACGGAUCCGGGAAUCUCAGCGUCGGAGAUUCGCGAAUCUCGAGAUCGUCGAUGAGAUCAUCCGCCUCGACAAGGAAUGGCGACAGCGUCAAUUCGAGCUCGAUAAUCUGCGCAAGGACUUCAACAAGAUCAACAAGGAAGUCGCACGCCUCAAAAUUGCGGGUGAAGAUGCGACUGAGAUGAUAAAGAAUACGGAUGAGAAUAAGCAGUUGACGGCAAAGAAAGAGAUCGAAGUUCAGGAGGCGAGAGUGGCCUUGUAUUCCAGAUUGGAAAUUGUUGGAAACCUUGUGCACGAUUCGGUUCCCAUCAGCGAUGAUGAGGCAAAUAAUGCUGUUAUUCGAUCGUGGGGGGAGAAACGAGAGGAGCCAAAACUGAAAAAUCAUGUUGAAUUAGUUGAACUUCUCGGAAUUGCAGAUAUGAAGAAAGGUACUAAUGUAGCGGGAGGAAGAGGUUACUAUUUAAAAGGGGCUGGUCUACUCCUUAAUCAGGCAUUGCUAAACUUUGCCUUGACAUUUUUGACAAGCCGGAAGUAUACACCAUUGCAGACUCCAUUCUUCAUGAAAAAGGAUAUUAUGGCAAAAUGUGCUCAACUAGCUCAAUUUGAUGAAGAACUUUACAAGGUAACUGGUGAGGGAGAUGACAAGUAUCUGAUUGCUACAUCUGAACAACCACUCUGUGCUUAUCAUCUUGAUGAUUGGAUCCAUCCUUCAGAACUACCCAUAAGAUACGCAGGAUAUUCAACUUGUUUCCGUAAAGAAGCUGGUUCACAUGGUCGAGAUACUCUAGGUAUUUUCCGAGUCCAUCAAUUUGAAAAAGUGGAGCAGUUCUGCAUUACCAGCCCGAAUGGCAAUGAUUCAUGGGACAUGCAUGAGGAAAUGAUAAAAAAUUCAGAAGACUUUUACAAGGAGUUGAAUAUCCCCUAUCAGGUUGUGGCUAUUGUUUCUGGUGCUUUAAAUGAUGCAGCUGCAAAGAAGUACGAUUUGGAAGGAUGGUUUCCUGCAUCCAAGACAUAUAGAGAACUAGUCUCCUGCUCAAAUUGUACAGAUUACCAGUCCAGAAGAUUAGAAAUCAGAUAUGGGCAGAAAAAGAGCAAUGAACAAGUGAAACAGUAUGUUCACCUGUUGAACUCUACCCUCACUGCAACAGAGAGAACCAUCUGCUGUAUUCUUGAGAACUAUCAGAGGGAAGAUGGCGUUGAGAUUCCAAAAGCCUUGCAACCCUACAUGGGUGGCACUAUCUUCCUUCCUUUCCAAACAAGCCCACAGACAGAAGUGAAGGGGAAGAAGUCAAAAGCUUAAAUGAAAAGCAAUCAGGAAGAGACUCUCGUUUAUGGUUGCUAGAUUAAUUUCUCCCCCCAUUCUUGAAGGGGGUCUAGAAUUGAAACAGAUCAAAUCAAAUGGUAAAAGCUGUAAGUGCGCAACAACGUGCCAACACGAACUUUAGAUGCUUCGUUAUUAGGAAAAUGGUGUCAUUUUCUCUCUCUUUUUUGUUGUUGUAAUAGUCAAAUUAAGAAUUGUUGAUGUUUUAAUAUUAUCCAGUUAUUAUUGGUAGAAACUAACAUAAAAGAGUUGUGCAA